AUGUGGUUGUCAACAACAGUGCACGGGAUCUCGUAGACCAUAUCCGCGACGUCCACAGGAACAGUCUGAUAAGCACCGUUCAGAGCUUGGGCGUGUCAUGCCCUCUUGCAGACCGAUGCCAUGAUGAGGCUGUCUACAACAGUGCAGAGGAUCUAGCAGAUCACAUCCGCCACGCCCACUAUCCCGGGGCUGUGCUACCAUCCUUUAGGCAGUUCUCCCAGAGUCUCUCUAGCUUAACGCUGAGCCUUUCUGGCCCUUCUCCUACCUCCGUGAGGGCGAAUCACUCUUCCCCUCUACCGCCGUGGAAUCGAGAUGGGGCGCUGCCUGAGCACUCAUCUCCUCUAGUUCAGCACCACCCGAUUCCUACAGCACAAUCUCCUCUGGUUCUGGUUCAGCCCAACCUGAACCCUACAGCACAGUCUCCACAGCCCUUGGCCCAUUAUUCCCAAGGCCGGACUGUUCAAGUCAGAGAGCAGGCCCAGCCAAGGACCCAGUAUGGGGACCCUCGACUAACGGCUGUCCAGGAGCAGGCUCAGCGAGAGAUGACCGAUAUUGAGAAAGAUGUUGGAAUGGCAUUACUUGCUCUGGGACGUCUACAUCCCGGAGCAGGAGAAUCAACAGCCGCCCAGGGCGGGAACCCUGUCCUGCAGGCUCAACCCCUCGCCGGAACGGCACCUGGAGGGCAAGCACAUGAUGGUAAUAUGCAUGAAUCAGCUCCCCACGGCGAAGAGCAGACCCAACCGGAAGAAGAAGAGGACGCUCCAGAGGCCGCUUCACAAUCUAGUGGGCCCACGACUGUCCCAGACCCCCCUUUCGUGCCCAAUCCAGGCGACAAGUGCUCUAUGUGUUUGAGAAGUUUGCCUUUGGAGCAUAUUAAACCCCCGAAGAAUGCUCAACCUAGCUUUGAGGCUCAGUGGCGGGUAAGUUUAGACUUUCCACCCCUUCCCACGUUUGACAUUGCAGACAAGAGAUUUUCCCUUCGUGAGAUCCACGCUAAUGUGAUAUUGUGUCCAGGCGCACGAAAAUCCUGAAGGCAACUGCGGGAUCCCUAACAAGCGGGGAAGUAAUAAGAAUCUUCCCGACCGGAGUGGAUGGAUUGAACGCUCAAAAUAUGCGGUAGCCGAGGCUAGGAAGGCCUACCGAGAUCCCUUCGAAGAGCUCUUCCCGAACAAGUUCUACCCUGUUCAUGGCGGACCGAAAAACAGCUCUUAUUGGGAAUAUGACCCCAACAAUGAGUCAAAUAGGGAGAAUUGGAAUAAGCCCUGGCCACCGCCAGUCGAGAAAAAACUCGGGGAGGAUGCGGCGCCGGACCCAGACGAUGGCAUUGAGCCUGACCCGGACGAGACUCGUCCACGAAAGCGCAGACGAGCAGGAGACAGCACGUACAGACCAGCCCCGCAGUCCGACGUCGACGAGGGCGAUGAGGAUGCAGAGAGCGCGGCCCCGGAAGAUGCCCCAGCUCGAGGCAGGACCCGAGCUCAAGGUAGACGCAGAGCCCGGGCCUCAGGCCCAAGAGGCGCAGCUGGGGGUCGGCGAGGUAGAAGAGGAAGCAGAACCACAAGUGCCGCCGCCGCCGAACCUGCUCCUCCUCCAGAGGCCCCCAGGAGGUCUGCUAGGCAACGCGCGCGGAGACAGUAG